CAAAUACUAAUAUUAUGUCAAGUUCCGUUUGGCUGUGUUGACAGCUUCUGAAACACAGUCAGGCCCACUGUGGAAGUGAAACAGGUUAACUAGGAAGUACUUUGCUCCAGGCAAAGACUCGUUCCUAGAUUUCCAUUCUCGCUACGGUCAGAAAAUGCAGGCGGCAAUACGUAUUGUGGAUAAGUCUACUGGAGAUGGGGUUGAUACGGCGCGACGUACCUUUGUUCCCAUUCUAUCAGGGGAACUAGUUCUUAAUGAUGCGGAAGAAGUGAUCCUGUCACCCACACAUAGUACUAUCUGCAACAUUCUGUCUGACCCAGGCUACCCUCUUGGUCUCUCGUCUUCACGUCAAUUCUUGAAAAGACAAAAAUCUGCCAUUGGAUUUCAUCUACGGUCACGAUCAAUCAGAGAAAGCAAAUCUCAUAGACCUUCCAUUUUUAAGGCAGAAACAGGUUUGGAACGCCAGAAGGUCUCGGAUCAUGAUUUGCAAAAUGAUGCACUGCGGGACUUUACAGCUGAAAAAAAAAUUUUAGCUGAAACGAGCCGCAGGAGGUCGAGUAAAAAGAAAACACCACUCGCCAAGAGAUCUUCAUCGUUUCUACCACGAUCAGUCAAACCUGGGCUACAAGGAAGUAUAACCUCCUUAGUGUCUUCUAGAAGUAUCACAUUGAUCAGAGGUCUGAAGCAAACUUCCUCUGACGAGGAGGAAAGAAAGCAGUCUGCAGCCCGAACAGUUAAAAAACCAGAGGAGUCUGACGAUGCCGUCGACACCACGAAGCCUAUGCCAAGGAAAUCUAGUAGAAAGGGAAAGUCUGUUGGCUCUGCACUUCAGAUGUCAGCGGAAGAAUCGGAUUAUAUCAAAAAGCUCCAACGCAGGACGAAGUCUCUCGACGAGGGUAAAAAGAGUUUGCCAUCAGACGUGCUGGAAUCGAAAGUGUCUGUCGUAUCAAGAUUUGCUAAAUUAGAAAGUAAAUUAGAUGCGGUGACGUCAUCGACUCAACGCGGGGUGACUGAGAUUAAGUCACCAAAAGCUCAAAGAGUUGCCAGGUCUUCGUCGAUAGUAGUUCCGAAACCUCUUAGGGCUCCAAGCAUUUCCCGGAAAUCAAGGAAAAGAAGUUCCGGUACAGGGGCUUACGAGCGACAGUUAGAAGAAUUACAAAAUCAACUUGAAAAAGACAAAUCUAAAAGAAAAAAAGGGGAGGGCCCGGCUUCUAAAGUAAAAGCCGCUAUAGUGAAUCCCACAAGGUUGCAACUGAUACGACAACAUUUGAAGAUCGGACCCAAAGAAACAGAAGAGGCGGAGUCAGAUGAGAGAGAGUCCAGUGAAAGCUUAUCUAUGGCAGAGCCAUCUAUGUGGGAAUUGUUGUCAAAAAAGAGAGAUUCCGAGAAGGAAAAGCCAAAGUUUGUCGAUGAAAUUCCUGAAGAAACUUCAGAACCUAAACGUCCAAAAAAGCGAAACUUGAUUCAUUCUCAGUGGAAAAACAGCUCAAUGACUUUCGUUAGGGCCCAGACUAACUGGAGGAAACUGGUGCACUCUGUAAGGAGAGCUUCAAUAGAUGAAAAGGAAAAAUACACAUUAAAGAAUACCCGUUGGGACGAUAUUAGUGCCCAGGAACAAGCUAAAGAUGAAGAUGAUUCAAGCAAGGUCAUGGUCGAAUUCAUGAAGCAUCACCACGUUCACCGUAAAAGUCUUUAUAGAAAGGUGGAUUCGUCUACCAUUGUGACCAGGCACAUAGGCGCCACUGAGACGAAAGUCAGCAUACCUCGGUCAAUAAUAUCGUCAGACCCUCAAUCUAGCCCUGAUCUUCUAGACUCAUCAAAGCCCAUCAUUCCCGAGUCCUUGCUGAUCACUAUCCAGCAGAAGAUGCCCCACGGCAUGAGGUAUCAAGGAGGUUCAAUGCCAGAAAAAACUAAAUCUUCAAAGCGACUAGACAAAUCAAAAAAGAGAAAACCUUCAGUGACCUCGGCUAACAUCCCAAAGAGAAUAGAUAGUUUUGGUGAGGCCGCACUCCAAGUAAUUUCUGCCCUCUCUAAAAAGAAACCUGGCCAUAAGGAACUCGAUGGUACACGUGACGUAUUAUUGCGAGGCACGGAGUCGGCCAUUCUGACAACAGAAUCAGAAGAAUCCCCUGAAGAAGAUUUGCCAAUCAAGCCUUCGUAUAGACCAAUCGGAUUGUUUAAGAAGUUCAUUCUUGAGGAACCAGAAGGAACAACUUCAUCCGACACACCGUAUGUCAAAAUGAUGAAAGAUGAAUUCAAAAAGGAGAAGCUACGUAAAGGUUCGUAUCACCAGAAUAAAGCUAAUUCAGACACGGACCUCACCAGGGCCUCAUCAGAAACCAAGAUUCACGAGUCAAAGUCCGAUUCCAAAGUUUCGUUUGAAAAAGUAAUCGAUGCGAAAUGGAGGCUGAUUGAAGAAAGGAAUCGUUUUAAAGGUCAACGAGAUCCUUAUGCCAUUCACUAUACAGAAUCCUUCAUGAACUUAAGUCUCCCUAUGGUUCCCGUAGAAACGCCGCCAGGAAAAGAUGCGAGCUCAAAACGAGGAUUGGCGAGGAAAGAAAAAGAGGCCAAGAAAUUAUUGCUCAAGAAAGCUUCAAGCGAUAGUACAUCUUCACUAGUUUCGUUUGCCUCUUCAUUGGAACUACCUGAUGCCGUUAAAAGGUCUAAAGUUCUGAUCGAUCAGAAGCAAUACAAAGACGAACUAAUAGAUACUGUUACUACUAAAACGAAGCUGAAGAAAAAAGCUGGCGACAGACCUCUUUCCUCGCCCUUGGAUAACAUUAAACGUAAGCGAUCAGUGACGCAUCCAUCUUCUGGUUCAAUCACAUUCUUGCAAGACGAUAUGAUGACCGACGAGGCGGAGACGGAUAUUGCAGCGGCAGAGGAAGCAACUGAAAUGCCCAAGUCACCAAAAUACUCUGACGUUACUGGGCUCAGAGAUCGCCCUUUGGAAACGGAAAUCGCACCAGAGACGAAGAUAAAGAAAAUACGCCGUGAAACUAUUGAAGGGCAGCAGCAGAGCUCUCUUCCAGACGGCGAGAGAGUAACAGAGGAUGACGAAGAGCAACUGAAGCCUACUGAAAGUGAUAUUGCUGCAGAGAGGAUAAUGAAAGGGAAAUCAAGUCAACUUUCAUUAUUCGCCUCAAGCACAUCCUCUUCGGAGGACGAGUUCGUGAAGCAUGACAGCGAGACGCCAGUGGCAGCUGAUUUCGACGAAAAGAGUGAAGAUAGAAAAGCGCUGAGAAGGACAUUGUACGAAGUGGAUACCCGGAGUGAGCAAGAAGCACCACUGGAGAUAACGAAGGGUGGUUUUACAGCAGAGAGAAAGAAGACGAGGAAGGCGGAUGGACGAUUCACGAGAGCCCCAGAAACAGUUGCUGAAGAAAAAAUGCUCAAACGAACUCGCAUUGUUAAACGGGGUGAGUUUGCAAUGGGCAAAGAGACCAAAGCUCCGCCUGAAGAAAAAAUGCUCAAACGAACUCGUAGGGAAAAACAGGAUGAGUUUACAAUGGGCAAAGAAACCAAAGCUCCGACUGAAGAACAAAUGCUGAUAGAAACUCGCAGUAUUAAACAUGAUGAAUUUGAAAUGGGCCAAGAGCCCAGAAUUCCGUCUGAAGAAAAAAUGCUCAAACGAACUGGUAAAGAAAAACAGGAUGAGUUUGCAAUGGGCAAAGAACCGAGAGUUUUGUCUGAUGAAAAAAUGCUCGAACGAACUCGUAGUGCAAAACAGGAUGAGUUUGCAACGGGCAAAGAGUCGAGAGUUCCGUCUGAAGAACGAAUCCUGAAACGAACUCCAAGUGCAAAACAGAGCUCUUCUGCAAUGGAAAGUUCUUCGGUGGAGAGCAGGGACGACGUAAGCUCGAUUACGAAAACCUCAGAAGCUUCAUACAAAUCUCAAAGACAGGAUACACCGAAAAGAAAACGCGACAAUAAGCCGAAAGGCAAGAUUAAGAAAAAGGAACAAAAAUAUACGACACCAUCCAUGGCUGAUUUAGACAGACUCGAAGGGAUUUCCAAGAGGGACGACUCCGGAAGAGCUCAGCUCUAUCGAGAAGAUUCAGAGGGGAGUCAAGUUAGCAAGACAACUUCGUCAAUGAUUCUGCAGUCCAAGAAGGAUAAAUCUGACCAUGACGCAGGUCUGGUGGACACCGGUAGCACAUCACAAGAAGGAGCAGAGCUCUCGCGCACUAUUUUGUUUGAAUCAGCCAUGACGGGGGCAAGCGACACAACCGUUAAGUUUCCGAGAGGCAAAGAUUACUUAACCCCAAAGCAAUCGACUCCAGAUAUUGCCAUGGGAUUUACAAGUGAUAACUUUUACAGCAAGACUUCUUCUCAUAUGGGGGACUGGCUACAGAAACAACUGAAAGACAGAGAAGCGUCUUUAACAAGCGUUAAGGACAAAGUGCUAUCUUUUCAUACGACCAGCAGCCUUGGACAUGCACCACUGCGCAAGGCCACAUUUGGCGGGAAGGAAGUGCUUCCUCCUAUAAGAGACACAAAACAAGCAGCAGCUGUCAAAGACUUGCCAUUUACUGGGCCCAGGAUACUGAAACCUCUUCCCGGCCGUGUAUACACCUUCAUAAAGCCGUUCUCUAGGUUAUCUAGCGAAGGACAUUCCGAAAAAUCCUCCCUGUCACACUUUCUCCGGUCCUACGUGCACGUGAACCAGGAACGAGCGAUGGCCCGCGCCCAGUGGCUGAGCAGGAUAGCCACAAGUGACACCACCGACGCUUGUGCCAGGCCACCCUUACAGCCCAGAAUCAAGCGAAGGUUCCAGGGCUGGGAUGGCGGUACAUCUCUGGAAAGUCACACUAUGAUAGAUCUCCCAGACUUCAUCGACAAUGUACCAACAUUAAUUAAGGCUUUGACGGACACGAAAGAGAGGAUACAGAAGCGAUGUCAAGACGAGAAGAACUAUCAUAAAAAUAUUCAAUUCAGUAAAUCUCCAGCUGAAGUUAGCCAGGAAUACACAGCCUACCAUGGGAUAGAAGAACUAUUCCAAUUUAUGCUGACCAGCGUGGUACAGAACAGACCAGAUGACCCGUUGAACUAUCUCAUUGAACUGACCAGGGGAAUUUUAAGGCAGAUGAGUAAACGCCAGACUAUGGAUGACCUCAAAGAAAAGCAAGCCAGAUUUCACGACCCUUCUAGCCACCAGUCAUUGAGGAGAGGAUUAAACCGCACGCCUUCUUCUACUUUAAGCAAUAUGUCAAAUGCCUCAACUUAUACAUCGACAACUUCAUCCUCGUCGUCCUCACCACAAUCACAAUUAUCAUCAGCGCCACUUAGAUCAUUAUCGUCAACAACAUCAUCAUCAUCAUCAUCAUUGUUAUCGUCAUCACACGGGGUAUAUUCAUCUAAGUUCAACGAAACGUUACGAUUGUAGAUGAUUGCUUGUGUGUUUCGACAAUUUUAUGUGUUGUUUAGUCUAGCCGCUGACGAUGUCUGUGUGCUUAACCACUGGACUUUGACACUGUGUCUAUGUGUGUCUAACAGCCGGGCCGUGGCGAUGUGUCUAUGUGUGUCUAACAGCCGGGCCGUGGCGAUGUGUCUAUGUGUAGUCCAAGAGCCGGGCCUUGACGAUUUUUUUUAAAAUUAUGUUAAAUUACGGCCCCUGACCAUGGGCCUAUAUAUCUUAUAAACAGGCAUUGACGCUAUUACUGUGUGUGUUUUACAACCUGUGUCUGACGUUAAUACGAGAAUAUUUAUCUACUCAUUACUAAAAAGGCUCCAUAAUGUUCCAGGGUUUUUGUGUUCCCAACAUGUGCGGUUUGCGCGCUGGACUGUCGUUCACAUUUAUCGAUGGUCGAGGGUUCAAACCCUGCCCGCUCCCAUCCCCCGUCGUCCUGCGGGAGGUUUGGACUAGGAAGUAAUUAUCUUCAACUCUGAAGGAACAUCCGAAACAUGUAAAACAUUUUACAUUCUAAUACGUUUUCAUUCAUAUCACUGAUACAGUGCAGGUUACAACCAUAUAGAUAUGACUGACAACUUUCAUUAGGUCAAAUAAUUGUUAUGAGUAGUUGUUUUGUUUUUUUUUGUUCUGCUGACAAGGGAGUUAAGUUUUAAAACACAGAGCUUCCCAAACGACAAUACAUUAUCUUCCUUUGUUUGAUGACGUUAAAAAAUGUUGUUAUUGUCGGUAUUCUGAGCUAACAAAAGUUGUCUUUAUCGAUCGUAUAGAAUUAUUCACUGUGGGGGUUUUUUGAAAAGACAUUUUAAGUGUCAUGCCUGGAUGCCUAUGCUGACUAUGACUGUACUUGUUAUUAUGUGGGUGAACGAAUCUUAGUGACUGUUUAAUGACCGUGUAAUGACUCUCUGAGACUGUUAACACAGCCAAUAUAAGCGACAUUAUUUUAUAAAUAAAACAAACUAUAAUAUAUCUAACACUUAAUAUCAUUUUAUACGACAAAUACUUGUCCAUUUAUACACUACAAUGAAAUAUGUUUUUAUAUCCAUAUAUUAUCAUAUAUCUAUAUUUACAUAUGUAUAUGCCAUGUAUGUGUAUAGCUGAUGAUUUGUGUUUUAAGGGACAUAAGCGUAGAUAUAAAAGUCUAUAAAAUAAA